AUGCAAUCUCUCUCCCACUUCCCAUCAAUCAUACUUGAGAGAACAAUUUUCUCACGCAGACCACCCGAUCACCACCGCAGUCAAGACAAAGAGAUGCAAGUCCUUUGUCUAGGGUUAUCCCGAAGUGGUACCGACUCCUUACGCUCCGCACUCAUGAUCCUGGGUUACCCGGAUGUAUAUCACGGAUUCGUUUUACAAAAGACUCAAUAUGAAAGUGGCGAUUGUGCUUUUUGGGUGCCCUUGAUGCGACGCAAAUUUGCAGGAAAGCCACUUGAAAAUGUGGACUUUGACUCAGUCCUAGCCAACUUCGAAGCGGUAACCGAUUGUCCAGCCAAUAUAUUCGGCAGGGAGCUCAUGGAAUUCUAUCCGCAUGCGAAAGUAAUUCUGAAUCGGCGAAGGAAUAUCGAUGCAUGGUAUGACAGUAUGCAAUCCACGAUUAUGGCGGCGUUUAGUUGGUCUUUGUGGACUCUGACUUGGUUUGAUUCUAAUUUGUGCUGGCUGUGGUGGGCUUUUGAUCUGGCUCAGCGGGUGUAUUAUGAAAAUGACUUCAACAAAAAUGGGAAGCGGGUAGCUCAAGAACAUUAUUGUCGGUUAGAAGAUUCUUUGGCGGAACAGCAGCGGGAGUAUCUAGAUUGGACUGUUCAGGAUGGAUGGGAGCCGCUUUGCAAGUUUUUGGGGAAACCAGUUCCAGAUGUUCCAUUCCCAGAUAACAACAAAUCGGGAGGAGAUUUUGAAAAGAAGCUGGAUGAUAGCCUUGAUCGUAUGGUGAAAAAUGCGUUUCGGAAUAUUUAUGGCUUAUCGGCCGUUGCGCUGGGUGUUGGGGCGUGGCUAUAUUGCAGUGGCCAAUAG